AUGCGGUAUGGCAAGGACCACAUUGUGCUCACUCCCUGCAUCUCGACCGCCUGCAAUUCCGAUCGACCCAACGCUCCCGUUUUGGCAGACGAGUAUCUCGAGCACCACAUGACCGUGGUCGUACUCGACCUCAUCCUGGCCAAACCAAAGGCGUAUCGACAUCUGCUCUACAAUCGCGCCAGCAUCCUCGCUCCACCCCGACCGCAACUUCAUCCUACCCGCGGAAGUGGAUUGAUGGAACUGGUUAAGCGAGGAUUGGCAUUGGCGCUGGUGGAUGCGUAUAUCCGGUGGUUCUAUCUGUGUGUUCAACCACCUCAACACCAAGACAGUGCAGGGGGGAGGUGGACGAAGUUGGCAGGGUAUCUUCCCAUCCAUGCGGGUGUGUUCUUUCCAAGCCUAUUCACCCCCACCACGGGUCCAGCCCGAGCGAUCGAAGCCGUCUGCAACCCUUCUCCCUUCUGGAUCCAUCUGCAUCCUGCAACCGACGACCCGAUCCUACCUACACUCGUAUCAUACACCAACGUCCUCCUCGUCACCCUCAUCGAGGCACUCGCUCUACACACAACGGUCGCCCUCAUCACCCACUUGGCAAUCACCCGUAUCCAACGCUCAAAACCCAAACGCAAAAGCGAUCCAUGGCUAGCUUCAAAGGCCCUCUUGCUCUCCCAACUUUCUCCCCUCAUCUUGCUUACGCUUGUCCUGCUCUGGUCAACCAAGUUCCCACACGCACAUGCGACAGUCACAACACACGAUCGAAGCGCCCUCAUCUGGCUCAUACGCACCUUCCUCGCCAGCCUCAAUGCAGGCGUCGCAAUUGCUACCGUCCUCCCUCCCAACAAGCCCGCUUGGCCCCCACUCAUCCUCGCCGCUGGCUGGACAGCGCAGACCCUCACCAGCUACACGCUCUACACCGCACUCUCGUAA